GCUGGGCGCGCUUCCUGCCAGGGGCCCAGCGGCCCGCCCCUGCCUCCGCCCUGCGGGCCCAGCAGAGCCGGGGCUGGCCGGCCCCUCCUGCCUCGACCAGAGGCCCAAUCAGCGUGCGCCCCCUACCCGGCCCGCCCUCUCCCCCUCUGGUGACAGAAAGUCGGCCCAGCAGAUGAGGAAGUGGCAGGCAGGCUGGCCCUGGGGAGUCCUCUCCAGCCUUGCUCCAUCCCAGCCCUCCACGACUGCCCGCCUGGCCCCCACUGAGCCCUUAGCGAGGAUGGAGGCUGUUGUGAACCUGUACCAGGAGAUGAUGAAGCAUGCAGAUCCCCGGGUCCAGGGCUACCCUCUGAUGGAGUCCCCCCUGCUAAUGACCUCCAUCCUCCUGACCUAUGUAUACUUCGUUCUCUCACUGGGCCCUCGCAUCAUGGCCAACCGGAAGCCCUUCCAGCUCCGUGGCUUCAUGGUUGUCUACAACUUCUCACUGGUGGCACUUUCUCUCUACAUUGUCUAUGAGUUCCUGAUGUCUGGCUGGCUAAGUUCCUACACCUGGCGCUGCGACCCAGUGGACUUUUCCAACAACCCGGAGGCACUGAGGAUGGUUCGAGUGGCCUGGCUCUUCCUCUUCUCCAAGUUCAUUGAGCUGAUAGAUACACUGAUCUUUGUUCUCCGGAAGAAGGACGGACAGGUGACCUUCCUACAUGUCUUCCACCACUCAGUGCUUCCCUGGAGCUGGUGGUGGGGGGUAAAAAUAGCCCCAGGAGGAAUGGGCUCUUUCCACGCCAUGAUCAACUCCUCUGUGCACGUCAUCAUGUACCUGUACUAUGGAUUGUCUGCCCUUGGGCCUGUGGCUCAGCCCUACCUUUGGUGGAAAAAGCACAUGACAGCCAUCCAGCUGAUCCAGUUUGUCCUGGUCUCGCUGCACAUCUCCCAGUACUACUUCCUGCCCAGUUGUAACUACCAGUACCCAGUCAUCAUCCACCUCAUCUGGAUGUACGGCACCAUCUUCUUCGUGCUCUUCUCCAAUUUCUGGUAUCAGUCUUACACUAAAGGCAAGCGGCUGCCCCGUGUACUUCAGCAAAAUGGAGUUCCAGGUACCACCAAAGUCAAGGCCAACUGAGAAACAUGGCCUAGCUAGGUGCCCACCUAAGUGCCUCAGGACUGCACCUUAGGCAGCAGCUGUCAUUGUCCUCCCCAGCUACACCUGUGACCAAGGCUAUGUGGUCAGGACUGAGCAGCAGACAGCUCUCUGCUCCCCACAGCUGGUACACAGAGACCACCACUUCCGUUCCUCCCUGACUUCUCCCGGCCAGCCCCAGGGAUGUGGCCUCAUUGCCCUCUGCCACUCCAGAGCCGGGGGCUGAAAGGGCUGGACACUUACUUCCCCCUCCCUGCCUUACACUUGGGAGAGGAGCACUCAGGGCUGGCCCCCACCAGGGUCUUGUGGCCUUUUUCCUCACACUGAAGAGGUCAGCAAUAAUCUGUCACUGUGGACCCAGGCUCCCCCCUUCUCCACCCCACAAGGAAGUAGGAGCUUCUUGGCCAAAGGUCAGGGUGGGUGGGGGGCCUGGGAAUACAGCCUGUGGAGGCUGCUCACUCCUUUAUGUCUUUAUUAAAAGUGACAGAGGAAAGCA